CACGUACGUGAGGAGCCGGAGCUGAGCUGAGCCUGCCUUGUCACUAAUGCCAGCUGUCCGACUCUUUUUGUUUCUUCAAUUACCGUCUACCGACGCGAAAUGCAGAAGUCAAGUGUAUAUUUCUACAUGUGCCAUGUUAAAGCAGUCAUGCCACUGUGUCAGGUGAAAGGAUGUCGAAAUCGGAGUGGACGUUUGUUCAACAAGAGCAUGUUCUGCAUACCUGAUCCUAUAAAACAGAGGGAUAGAUGCGAGAAAUGGCUGAACUUUUUGGGAAGAGAAAAGUUGCUUCCAGUUGAAGCUUAUGAAAGCUUGCACAACAAAUCAAGAGUUGUGUGUGAAGAUCACUUUGAACCAGAGAGCUAUGAAGUGGAUAUGAGAGCCAAAAUCAUGGGAUAUAAACCAAGGAAGAAGCUGAAGCCAGAUGCCGUCCCUACCAUAGCGGCUGUAGUAGAACCCAAAAAGCAUAGAUCUAAAACUAAAAGGAAGAAGAAAAAAUCAUCAAAGGCGGAAGAUUCAGUCACAGGGGCACCAUAUGAGGAGCCUUUUAUUCCUCCCCUCUUCCCUUCUCGUUUACCAUCGAAUGAUGAGCAGGAAGAAGAUGGAGAUGAAUCGAAUCAUUACUCAGGAAUGGAGAGUGAAGAAGAGACGGACAGUACUUCACAGUGUACUGUGGUUGAGGAACAGGAUUGUGAUGUAGGACCGUACUGCAACGAAGCCGGGAUAUCUGCUGCAGACAUUUCAUCUCACUUCCAGGACAUACUGCCCUUGCCAACCAUCAAGAAUGGUCUCGUGCUCGAAAUCAUAGAUUAUCUGCAGAGAAAAAAAAUGUACUGCUCCAAAAAUCUGAUUAAAGACCUGAAAAAACUAAGCGAUACUCCGGACCUUGGCAAUGGGAAUGUUGGGGGUUAUGUCAAGCGGCUGAUGGAAAGAAGAGACCGGAUAGAAAGAAACACAGAGAACGGAGAAAGUAACUUUAUGUAUUUGUGUGAGGAGGAAUCCAUGAUGACAAGGCCGAAGACUGUCACAAAAACAAUUAAAAAGCAUGAACCUCCAAGAACGACGUCGUUGCAUAAAAACCUUCAGCUGGCCAAGAAGCAGAGAGAAGAAACAUGGAGGUGCCUUGAUGUAUUGGAGAAAGAUAAUCAACGCUUGAAGCAGCAGAACAAUAAUUUGUCAAAGAGAGUGUUAAAACUCACCACAGAGAACAUGGACCUGAGGGAAACUGUAGGCAGCUUGCAGGAGCAAUGCCGUGAAUUGGAGCAGUUCAAAAUAAAAUAUGUAGAUUUGGAAGAGAAGUGUAAAAAACAUCCAGAAAUUGACAUGGAGUAGAUUGUCAACAAACAUAACUCUAUAUUUGCUUCAAGAGGCCAAUGACCUACCCUUUUCAGUAAAUUUUAGUCCACCAUUGUUAAGGAUGCUGCCAAAUGUAUUAAGAAUAUGUGAUGUUAAAUUAUGAGGAUGUCCCAAACGCUAGAAUUUUCGUAUGCAACUAAAUAUAUAGAUACACCAAUAUAUCUAUUAAACAGAUAUUGUGUGUGUGUGUGGAAGCAUAUUCUUCUUCGAGAAUUAGCUCAGCUAAGGCUGACCCAAGUCCAGUGUUCUAACAUUAAAGACUGGUAGUUCCUUCAGAGGGGAAGUUCACCCUGAAAAAUUUUUUAAUUGUAUAAAUAGCACAAAAGCAAAAAAAAAAAAUAUUUCUGAAUGUUUGAGAAAAAUCCAUCAAAGAAUAAAAUGGUGGUUUGAAUUUUAAUUAUUUGAUUUGUUACGUCACAUGCGAGCAGCUUUUCUACAAAUCGUAUGGUAAAAAAUCUUGAAAAUGUUGUUUUACUGUAUCUUCAGUAUAUCAAUAGAAAAAUCUUUCCACACCCAUUCCUAAGAUGAAAAACAACACUAAGUCAUCACGAACCUUUCAAAAAUGGAAAUUUAUGCAUUUUAUAUUAAAUAAUAUGUGGGGCAGUUGCUUGUUUAUGAUGUAUGUCACAAAUCCAAAACUUUAAAUUCUAAUACAAUAACCUUAUUCUUUAAUGGCUUUCCUAAGCCCUUUAUCAAUAUUUUUGUUUGCUGUUUUUACAACAAACUUUUCUUCAGGGUGAACUUCCCCUUUUAUCACAUGAAUGUGUCAAAGAAAAUAAGCAGUUGAGUGACACACACCAAGGGCCCUGGAAAAUACAACAUCAUCCCUUUUGAAUACAAAUGCAAUGGUGUAUUCAAUUUCCCCAUAAAGUUUAUUAUUCUAUGGUGGUCAUUAAUAAAAAGAAAUAUAUCCCACAAACCCAAAUGAAUUUAUCACAAUGAAUUUUCAAGACCGAACGAUUGAUGAUAGAUGAUUUUGAAAUGUAUUUUGAAGAGUCAACUCAAUGACCUUGAUCAUAAAAUUCAGGUUUGAUACCCAGUUUUUUUCAUUGUAAAAGAAAAAGAGUACAAUGAACUCACCUGGAUUAUUUUUGUGUACAAAGGAUUUGACUAGCUUUGCAUUCUUGAAAGGUCAAAUCUCAUUUGAAACUGUUCACAUAAGUAUGACUGUGUAACUUGGGAAUUGAUAAGUGUACAGUAAGAAUUGUACAAAUGUGUACAAUAAGAAUUGUAGAGGUGUUGUGGCUCAGUGGAUACGUCUCCGGACUUUGAACCACAAGGUCCAGGUUCAAAUCCCUCCGCAGCAGUCACAUCCUUAAGCAAGGCGUUCAUCUACAUUUGCCACUCUCCACCCAGGUAAAUGGCUACCGGGAUGGAAGGAAUUACUAGAAUGCUUGAGCACCCGGUCAGGGUAGCUGUGCUAAUGCCGGGGUAGUAGUAUGCAGCGCUUAGAAAAAUUUGUAUUACGAUAAGCACGAUAUAAAUGUUGCAUAUUACUAUUAUUAUUGUGCCUUGAAUGCGAAUACUUUGUUGAGAUAUAAAGCAUACAGUGAGAUGACACAAUAUUAAAAUAACACAUUUUAUUACACGAAUACCAUUUAUAUUGAAAUCUUUACAAUUAUUGACACAAUAUACAUGUACCAGAACAGUAUUUUCAAACUCAAUGUAAUUGUACUUAAAUCUACAGUCUUUGAUUUCUCCCAGAGCAAUCUAAUGGAUGCUUAAUCAAUUUGUUUUCACUGUUAAAAGGAAAUUUGAGUAGUUCACUGUUCUUACAAGAAUGUUGCAAAACCAUUGGCUAUUAUAUUUUAUGAACAUGAUCAGUAUGGCAUAAUCCUGGAUGAAUUAUUAAACUUCAUGGUUUCCAAUAUUUUGUAUAAGGCUUUUACUAUCUUUAUACUUUUCAUGCGUAUGGAGAUAAACUCAAUUUUGUGUUUCUAGAUCUUGAAGUUUCUGAUGACAAAUACAUAUCCAUAGUCACAUACAUGUAUUUUAUGCAGUCAAUUUAAAUUAAAUUGACACUGCUUGUUUGUCGAUGUAAAUACUUUUUUUUAUGAAAUAAAUAAAGAGAAUGAAUCCCAA